UUAUCCAAAAGAAUCUAUACUGCAAAACAAAAGAAAGAGCUAUCCAAAAGAAAAGCAUUCUCCAAAAUGACCAAACGUUCAACAUUCUCACUUUUAACAUCAAUCGCUCUCAUAGUUGCUCUUUUUUCUGCAACAAUUGCACUCGAUCCUGCCCCUGAAGACCCGAUAUUCGAAUUGUACAUGCAUGAUAUACUUGGUGGAAGCAGUCCAACGGCAAGACCCAUUACUGGUUUGCUUGGAAACAUUUACAACGGCCAAGUACCAUUUGCUAAGCAAAUCGGUUUCGUUCCACCGGAAAACGGUGUAGCUAUACCAAAUGCGAACGGUGCAAUACCGACGGUUAAUGGUAUCAACGGCAUUCCUCUAGGCACCGGUUUAUCCGGUACAGCGUUUUCAGGUCAGAAUCUAAAUGGGAUUCAGACACAACUGGGACCUGAUGGUCUGAGUCUUGGCUUUGGAACGAUCACAGUGAUUGACGACAUAAUCACAUCCGGUCCUGACUUGGGUUCUCAGCCACUUGGCAAAGCUCAGGGGGUUUAUGUUGCAAGCUCAGCAGACGGAAGCACACAGAUGAUGGCUUUCACUGCUAUGCUUGAAGGUGGAGAGUACAAUGAUAAUCUCAAUUUCUAUGGAAUCUAUAGGAUCGGAAGCGCCAUGUCCCAUCUUUCUGUGACCGGAGGAACCGGAAGGUUUAAGAACGCUUGCGGGUUCGCAGAGGUUAGGCCGUUGAUUCCUUCGGGGCAACACUUUGUUGAUGGAGCAGAGAUGCUGUUGAGGAUCAUUGUCCAUCUUAAGUACUGA